CAAAGCGCACCGGAAAUCGCGUGGGGUUCAUGAGCAUCAAGAUCUUAUGAACUUGUAAAUCGAAGUUAAUCUUUACAUUUGUAUUUUGAAUAAACUGCGAAGACCAUCAAUAUACUAAAUCGCAAUCACGGUUACACGCUUCUUCUAAACGUGGUUAGUUGAUGUGACGUCUUCCUCAUCAUCCUCAGAGUAGAGAAGAUGCUGAUGUUGAGAAAUGCCUCCACACAGAUACUUAAACAGGUCGUCCGACACAGGACUACAGAUGCCAGUCUGAUCUUGGAGAGAUCUAUAAACCGGGUGCAGCUUCUUGGGCGAGUGGGACAGGACCCCGUCAUGAGACAGGUGGAGGGCAGAAACCCCGUCACCAUCUUCUCCAUGGCAACAAAUGAGAUGUGGCGGUCAGGGGAGGGAGAGCCAACAAGUACAGGAGAUGUCAGCCAGAAAACAACAUGGCACAGAAUUUCAGUAUUCAAACCAGGCCUCAGAGAUGUAGCGUACCAGUAUGUAAAGAAAGGGUCUCGGAUUCUUGUGGAAGGGAAGCUUGACUAUGGAGAGUACAUGGAUAAAAACAACGUCAGACGACAGGCAACAACUAUUAUCGCAGAUAAUAUUGUGUUUUUAAGUGAAAAUCUGCAAGACCAGUAAUAAAGAUGCCUUCCCAGACUUUAGUAACCAGAAGAAAAUAUCUUCUCACUGACAUUAAACUCUGUAUCAUUGUGUCUGGCCUUCACAGUCACACAUAGA